AACACAACUUGGCCCAUUGUGACAGAGACAGUACACACCUCAAUAUUAUAAAAAUAAAAUAAAAAAUGCGAAGCAGAUUAUUUUAAUUCACAGCAGAUUCACCAUGACUGGUGGAGGAGUAGUUGAACCACUCAUUUCCAUCAGGCAUGUUCAAAAUGACAUGAAAGAUGAAGAUAUAUCUCAAUCAUUUUGUGGUGAAGAAGAUGAGAUUGGCCCAAUUAAUGGAGUUAAGGAUUUUGUUAGAGAAUUCUCCACUGAAUCAAAGAAGCUAUGGUACGUUGCUGGUCCGUCAAUUUUCACCUCCUUCUGCCAGUACGCCCUCAUGGCCACCACUAUGAUGGUGGUCGGCCAUAUAGGAACCAUUCAACUGGCUGCAGUUUCUGUGGAAAAUUCUGUCAUUGCAGCCAUUCCUUAUGGCGUAUUGUUGGGCAUGUCAAGUGCACUAGAAACGUUUUGCGGGCAAGCAUUUGGAGCAAACCAAUUAGAAAUGCUUGGAAUACACAUGCAAAGAUCAUUGCUGAUACUCAAUAUCAUGGCAAUUGCAAUGGUUUCUCUCUUUGUAUUUGCCACACCAAUCUUGAAGCGUUUAGGCCAGACAGACGCUAUUUCGGCUGCGGCCGGAAAAUUCUCCCUCUGGAUGAUUCCCCAGCAGUUUGCUUAUGCGAUGAUAUUUCCGACGACAAAAUUUUUACAGGCACAAAGCAAGGUCAUGGCAAUAGCUGUAAUAACAGCAGCAGCACUUGGUUUACAUUUAUUCUUAAGCUGGUUGUUUAUGCUGGAACUCCAGUGGGGCCUGGGGGGUGCAGCCGUGUCACUGGAUGUGGCGUGGUGGGUCAUUGCUAUUGGUCAAUUCUUGUAUAUCAUUUCCGGGACCUGUGGAGAAGCUUGGUCUGGAUUUUCGUGGAAGACCUUUGAAAAUCUGUGGAAGUUUGUAAAGGUUUCUGUUGCCUCAGCUGUAAUGAUCUGUUCUGAGAUAUGGUAUAUUUCAGUUUUGACUCUGUUCGUUGGAAAUUUAAAAAAUGCAGAAGUAUCUGUGGAUACGUCGUCCAUAUGUUCAAAUAUAUUGGGUUGGAUCUCCAUGGCAGGUCUUGGAUUCCAUGUAGCCACAAGUGUGAGGGUGUCAAAUGAACUCGGUUCGGGGCACCCGGGAAGGGUAAAAUUCUCAGCAGUGGUGGCUGGGAGCACUUCUCUUCUUUUCGGUUUCUUCAUUGCUCUUGUCCUAAUGGUCACCUCGAAGCAGUACCCUACAAUAUUUUCAAACAGUUCGGAAGUUAUCCACCUUGUAGAAGAGCUCACGCCAUUGCUAGGGAUAUGCAUAACCUUAACAAAUUUCCAAUAUACUCUCACUGGAGCCGCUAUUGGGGCAGGGUGGCAAGUUCCAGUUGCCUGCAUAAAUGUUGCAUGCUACUUCCUGCUAGGCAUUCCUUUGGGAGUUUUAAUGGGCUUCAAGUUCAAAAUGGGCGUCAAGGGGCUUUGGUGUGGAAUGUUGCUAGGUUUAUUCCUACAAUGCAGCGUAUUACUCUGUAUGUUAUGUGUCGCAAACUGGGACAAAGAGGCUUCUAUGGCGAAAGAGAGAUUAAAAGGAUGGAGAGUGGAAAUAGAUGAUGAAGGAACUAGUAAUAGUAAAACUUCAAGCAGAAGUGUGAGAAAACUUUGAACCUUCCCAUGGAAAGUAUGUUUCUCAGCUUUUGACAUAAGAUUUACAGUGAUGGACACUGGAAGUUCAAGUAUUUAAUAAGCAUUGUAAUUAAUUUGACUCUUCUAAGCCAAACAGUAAAAUUUGAGAACUUUGAACCUUC